GAGAGGGAGAUGGAGCUGCGGCGGCAGGCCCUGGAGGAAGAACGACGGAGGCGGGAGCAGGUGGAGAGGAGGCUACAGAGUGAGAGUGCCCGCAGGCAGCAGCUGGUGGAGAAGGAGGUCAAGAUGCGGGAGAAGCAGUUUUCCCAGGCACGGCCCCUCACACGCUACCUGCCCAUCCGGAAGGAGGACUUUGACCUCAAGACCCAUAUUGAGUCGUCAGGCCAUGGGGUGGAUACCUGCCUACAUGUGGUGCUUAGCAGCAAGGUCUGCCGUGGCUACUUGGUCAAGAUGGGCGGCAAGAUUAAGUCAUGGAAGAAGCGCUGGUUUGUCUUUGACCGGCUCAAGCGCACCCUUUCUUAUUAUGUGGACAAACAUGAGACGAAACUGAAGGGGGUCAUCUACUUCCAGGCCAUUGAGGAAGUAUACUAUGACCACCUGCGCAGCGCAGCCAAGAGUCCGAACCCAGCCCUCACCUUCUGCGUGAAGACCCAUGACCGCCUGUACUACAUGGUAGCCCCAUCUGCAGAGGCCAUGCGGAUCUGGAUGGAUGUCAUCGUCACAGGAGCCGAGGGCUACACUCAGUUCAUGAACUGACUACCAUAGGUCUCCUGGGUCCCCAGGACUGAUCAAGGACCCAUGCCCUGCCAUGUACUCUGCCUGCCCCUGGAGAUAGUGGCACACUGGACACUGGGCCACCAGGGAGCAGGGUAUAGCAGAGUGCCCCAAGGGCCUUUGUACAAGAAGACUUAUGUUCUGUGAGGUAUUCAGUGCUUGAUGGUUUGGGCUCAGGUCCCUAAAGAACCAGUAGAGAGGGAAGGAGGGAGGGGCUUUGUUACCUCCUGGAAGCCCCGAAGUUCAGGGUCCCUCCUGGGCCUAGCAGGCCUGAGGAACUGUCAUAGAGUGGGUCUCUCAACUCUGACCUGGCACCUGCUUGACCCAGCCUGUUUUCUCUUUGUAAAGGACAAAUUAUGGUACCAGAAUCUGCCAAAGAUCCCCUUCUUGCCUCACCUCCUCUGCAGGGGUCUGGGGAGGGGGUCUGAGCAGAGCCACGUGUAGAGAGGGAGAGCAGCUCAGGCCUGCACUGCCCAACCCCAUUCUGUCUCCUCAUUCUUUUCACUACUUGGCUCAAGGGCCAGAGACCUUGAGGUCCCAGCCCCAUCCUCGCAUAGUAAACUCAUCACCAUGGUCUCCACGGGACUGCUUCAUCACCAUGGUUACACACUAAUUGCCAUGGCCUCUCCAGGGCUCAGUCUACUGGUCAGCUGUGGGCUACCUGAGGGUGCGUGCCAUCAUCUCUCCAACCCAGGCCCCCGGGGCAUGUCACAUGGCCGGAGGAGACAUUUUCUUGUCCUUCCAGUGCCUCUAGCCCCCAGUCCAGCCCUCUCCCUUCCACUCGUGCCUUGAUUAGAGCCAGAAGGGAUGAUUGUUGGGGGAUUCUAGACCAGAGGAGCAGCAAUGCUGAGGGGAGAGAAAGCUAAGAGGGCUAAUCUUCCAUGUUGACAGGGCUGGGUUUCCAAUAGGGAAGGAGGGUAGCUUGGGGCUCCCCGAAGGAAGCCUCAACAAGGGGGCGGUGGAGGCCCUGGGCUGUGGAAUCCUCCCUUCAGCUGACUAAAGGUAAUAGAAAAGGAGAGUGGAGGACCAGGCUCUGGAGCUGCCUGGCCUCAGCCUUUGCGCCUUAACACUAAGCCACCUCCCCUGCCCUCCUCUCCAGCAGUGGGCCCUUGGUUGCUGGGCCUGGCUGGGUGUUUUGCAGUAUUUGUAAGCAUUUCAGCAGAACAAUAAAGCAUUUUGACUAUG